AUGAACGGACAAUGUGAAGUUCAACCUUUGUGUACCGGAGACGAAUGGUGGAAAGUCGAUCUGCAGGCUGCGUACUGCUUGACAAGAAUCACUGUAGUCAACAUAAAUGUUAAUGGUGGGCGACUGACAGGUGCUGUAGUGCGGGCUGGUUUGAAUUCAGAUCUCUCCCAGAACAGACGGAUAGGAGCAGUCACAAGUUCUCAGGCAACUAAUGGAGCAACGAUUCCUUUCACAUCGAACCAAGCCAUCUCUGCUCGAUACGUCAGUGUGGAACUGUCGAGGGAAUGCCUUCAACUGGCUGAAGUCAGGAUCGGCACAGAAAACGUGAUUACAAGCGUAACGCGUACAAAUAUCGAUGCUACUAGUAUGACAGUCAGCUGGUCUACAUUGCCCUGUGCUGAUCAUUACUACAUGGAGUAUGCCUUGACCAACAGGGAUAACUGUGAAAACAUCAAUCCACCGAUGUAUAGCAGUCCCUGCAAUAUGUGUCAGAGAAACACGGCUACUCUAUAUGGUCUGACACCAUUCUCUCAGUACACUAUACAAGUCAAGGCUUAUGUAUAUGGUGCAUACGGACCAAUAAAAACAGUCAUCUACACAACCACAUCAUCAGCACCGACUGGACCUCCCACUUCUGUGACACCUGGGUCUGAAGCCAAACGCAGCCUAGCCUUCUCCUGGAGCCUUCCAUUGUGUGGAAGCCGAAGCGGUGUCAUCACAGGAUACGACUGGAGGCUUAGUACAAGUGGAGCUGCACCAAUGACUGGUCAGACUACAACUGGUCUGUCUGGUGGAGCAGUUACAAUAGCUGGACUUACUCCCUAUACUUAUUACAGUUUUCAAGUUGCUGCAAGGACUAAUGAUGGGACUGGACCGUACAGUGCGGCUGUUACAUCAAGAACACAAGAAGCAGCGCCCACAGUUCCUCGCAAUAUUCUCGUCCAGUCGACAGAUGACAUGUCCGUUAGGCUGAGCUGGAAUGAACCAGAUCCACCAAAUGGACGCAUCACACACUACAAUGUUCAGUACAGGAGGAGUGGGGACAUGGGAACCGUGUGGACGGACAACAAUGUGAUGGGGACAAUCAUUCGUGUCAUGAGCCUUGAGGCCGCGCCCACAAUUCCCCGCAAUGUUCGCAUCCAGUCGACAGAUGAUAGGUCUGUCAGUCUGAGCUGGAGUGAACCAGAUCCAGCGAAUGGACUUAUCUUGCACUACAAUGUUCGCUACUGGAGGAGUGAGGACAUGGGAACCAUGCAGACUGACACCAACGUGAUUGGGUUGGUGCAUCGUGUCACGGGCCUUGAAGCCUUUGUAACAUACACAUUUCGGGUGCAAGCUGAGACGUCCCCCGGUGCUGGUCCUUGGAGUGAACCUAUCGAAGCAACAACACUGCAAGCUGCACCAACCGUGCCCUUAGAAGUUAGCAUCCAGCCGGUGGAUAACGAUUCUAUCAUUCUGAGGUGGAGUGAACCAGAUCCACCGAAUGGACUUAUCUUGCACUACAAUGUUCGCCACUGGAGGAGUGGAGACAUGGGAACCAUGCAGACCGACUCCAAUGUGAUGGGGAUGAUGCAUCGUGUCACGGGCCUUGAAGCCGGUGUAACAUACCAAUUUCAGGUGCAAGCUGUGACGUCUCCUGGUCCUGGCCCUUGGAGUGACCCUAUCCAAGCAACAACAUCAAUCGGAGUUCCUGGACCUGUUCGGAUUCUCAACGCCACAGAACGAACAGAGACUUCAAUCACUUUGGUCUGGGAACAACCACUGCAACCUGGAGGAUCAAUCACUGGUUACAUUGUAGAGCAUCGUAUAUUACAGAGGCCUUAUCAAUCCGAUUUCACAGCAAUGGACACAUACACAAGCGAUGAAACUCGGGAACUCUUCUUCCUGAAAACUAAUCUGGAACCUGGCACUCAAUACGAGUUCAGGGUUUUUGCGAAGAAUGAAAUGUUCACCGGCAGUUACGACCGAGUGUUAGAGGUUUACACUAGGCCUAAGUCAGAUCCACCUGCACCAAAACAACCCAAAACAUACGAAGAGGAAGCGACAAAUUUCACAGUAACAAUUGGCCUGGCAAACCUUGUCUCCGACGACAAGUAUGUCAGUUCAUACGUCGUGCAUGUCAACAAAACCUCCGCUUCCCGCAAGUCCAAGAGGGCAGCUCUCACUCCAAAACGUUCCGCCGACUCCGCCGAUGACUACAUAGCAGCUGAAAUCCCCAAGCAAAACCUGGCAGAGAAAUUUGUCGUUGGAGACAAUGAAACCUACGAAUCGUACAGGAAUGCACCGCUGCAAACAGGAGCUGAUUAUGAAAUUCGUGUGGGGUCUGUAAGCAAGGGCAAUGAUGAGGAAAUCUUCGUGACGUAUUCAGUGCCAAUAAGAGUAACAGUGGAGCAGUACCAGGCAUCACCGACACCGGGUCCAUCACCCUCGGCAGUCGUUCCAGCUGUAGUCGCGGUCAUUGUCGUUGUCGCUUUGGUGCUUCUCAUCAUAGUCGUUGUUUAUAGACGGAGGCGAUCUGCACGCGCGAAAAAGCAAUCGGACACCGAUGGACAACUGCAGUCUAUCAAUGACUACGAAGCUGUAGUGCCCCCUGAAGAGCCUAAGCCAUCGACCACCAACACUUACAUGAACCAAGGUGCAGCGGCUGGGACAUGUGACUCGCCAUCCCUGAGAAAGCCCAAGCUUCUACCCAAGCCUCGACAGCCACAGAUCGACCCGCCCAUAGACGGGCCCCAAGACCAUCCGGCAUCUUCCUCCAACAACAUCCUCCUUCAGACAGCAGCAGUGGGUGGGACAUGCGACUCGCCGUCCAUGAGAAAGCCGAAGCCCCCGCCCAAGCCACAAAUACAAGAGACCAAACCGCCCCAACCGGCUCAACCCCCGGACGAACCUGGGAUGGCAUUCACUCCGCUUCCUCCUGUACGCUUGGAAGACUUGGAGAGCUACAUUAACAUGAAGGAAUCGGCAGGUGACAAAGGGUUCGAGGCUGACUACAAGACUCUUCCGAAUGAACAGCUACACCCGUGGACAGUUGCCUCGAAACCAGAAAACCGAAAGAAGAAUCGCUAUGUGAACGUGAUAGCUUAUGACCACUCCCGUGUUGUUCUCCAGCCAUUGGAGGGUGAUCCUCACUCGGAUUACAUCAAUGCUUGCUACAUCAAUGGAUACCACCAGGAAAACAAGUACAUAGCUAGUCAAGGACCCAAUCAGGAAUCUAUCAAAGACAUCUGGAGAAUGGUCUGGCAGUUGGGCAUCGAUAAGAUUGUCAUGCUCACCAAUCCGGUGGAAAACGGCAAACGGAAGUGCCUGCAAUAUUGGGCUGAUACCGGACCUACCACGAUCUCGGGCAUCGUCGUGAAUACAGACAAAGAAGAGGUCUUCCUGGAUUAUACCAUUCGUGAUUUCCGCAUACGCGAGGUCGGCAGGAAGGAUACGAGACUGGUGAAGCAAUUCCACUACACCACCUGGCCCGAUAUGAAGCCGCCUGAGUACCCAGCACCAUUGCUCAACUUCAUGCGCGUAGUCAACGCUUACCAGAAUCCCGGUCGAACUGUCAUACAUUGCAGUGCCGGAGUAGGACGCACUGGUACAUACAUCGCCCUGGAAGCAAUGCUGGAACAAAUGGCCCAGGAACGACAAGUUGAUGUCCUGGGCUUCAUCUACCAAAUGAGACAGAAUCGCAUCAAGAUGGUCCAGACACCAGAGCAAUACAAAUUCAUCUUUGAUGCUCUGCUGGCAUCAUCUCAGACUGGUGACACGACCUACCAUGACAAGAACUUUGAACAAAAGCUUACUGCACUGAAAAAGCCCAAGAAAGGUUCCAAGAGUACUGGGAUGACUAGACAGUUUGAGAUGUUAGGCAAAUGGAGUGUUCCUCAUGGAAGCAGGAAACCCAAGUCCGGACUUCGUCCUGAGAGCAUCGCCAAGAAUCGGUUCAAGGACUUCAUUCCCACUGACCGAGCCAGACCGUAUUUGAUGACACAAGUGCAUGAAGGCGACAACGAUUACAUCAAUGCAAACUAUCUGCCCAGCUACCGCAAGAAGAAUGGAUACAUCGGAACGCAGAUGCCCAUGCCGAGCACCGUCGUCGAUUUCUGGCGCAUGGUGUACGACCACAAAGUGACCAGCAUUGUGAUGUUGAACGCCCUGGAUCCAAAGGACAAAACAAUGGCUCGCUACUGGCCCGAGUCCGGACACAUUGAAUUCGGCCCUCUUGUUAUUGAGCUGAAUGAAACAGAAGAGUUCAAAGGAGUGUCUAGACGUACCUUUACUCUGCGUAACGAACAGGCUGAUUUCGAGACCGAAGAUACGCGAAGGGUGACUCAGUUCCAGUAUCACGACUGGCCAUCUGACAAGGAGGUGCCAAGCUCCUUGGAUGGAAUGCUUUACUUACUGAGGGUUACUCAAGACAGCCGCCAAGAUAAGGGACUUAUCGUGGUCCAUUGCAAGGACGGAUAUGGCGCUACGUCUGUGUACUGCGUGUUGAUGGCGCUGUUGGAACAGUUCAAUGUCGAGAAAGCAGUAGACGUGUUCCAAGCAGCUCAUCGUCUGCGCAUGGUCGACCCAAACAUGAUGUACUCGCUGCACCAGUAUGCCAUGUGCUAUGAUGUCAUCCAAGCAUACAUGAACUCGACCAGCAUCUAUGAGAACUUCACACCGGAAGGCCUGGUUGGAUAGUCAUCCAUCAUGGCGUGAACGGGAAGACAUCGACCAACAUGUUUUUUUGUACAUCGGAAUAGAUUUUCAAGUAAGUGGUAGAAAGCUUAACAUCAUGCAUGUUCAGACAUGAUCAUGUCAAAACAUACCUAAAAACAGUCAAUGUAUGGCCUAUGCACAUCUUUUUUUGUACAUUUGUAUACGCAGAAACAUUAGUAACAUAAAUGUUUAAAAAGAAAUCUUUAGGUGCUAAAAAGGAUUAUCUCGGAUAUUGAUGUCGAGGAUUUUCAUAUAAUUAUACAACAAUCAUUACACUUCAAUUCAAUUUUGUAUUUUGCUUUUCAAAUAAGUAGAGAAAGCGUCUAGCGAUACAAGCAUAUCAGAAGGAAAUAUGUUACUAAUUGAUAAAGAAUUGUACACACAAUGAAAGGAAACUGUUAUGAAAAA